UUCAACUUUGGUUAUGUGAAAAAUUGAAACCAAAGUCGAUUGUAAAAAGCAGAAAAUAGUAUCCCGCUUGAUUGUUUCCCGUUAAAUUUUGCUAUGGCUGAACUCGAUGAUGAUGUGGAAGAUACUCCAAAGUCAUUGACUCUGUUUGGUCGAGAUCUCUCCAAAAUUACCUGUUUCCGAGAGAGUUUUAUAAAUGGAAUCAUUGGUGGUGUGGCCAUCGGAAUUGGUACUUUUAUGCGAACUUCAAGGCCACGACAGGCGUGCAAUUAUGCGAUGGGAUCAUACACAAUGAUAACACUGUUCUAUUGGUCAUACUGCCGGUAUUCAUAUUCGAAGGAAAAAUUCUUUGUGGCGCAGGUGCAAGAAGGUAUGCGACGACAAGCACUAUAUCAAGGAACUGAUUUAGAAAGAGAAAUUCGUGCCGAUUUUGAGAAAAACGACGUGGACGUUAAAGAUGCAUAGUGAACAAGUUUUAAUUUCAAUUGUUUUUUUUUUUAAAAAAUGAAACAAUAGAGUAUAAUGUAA